UUCUUAUGUAAGCCAGUUGUUGUGUUGAGGCACACACUUUUCCCGAUUUCACAUCACGGUCUUAUCUUAGAGCACUGCUUGUGGAGAUCCAUGGCUCUUAUGGGAGAUCUUCUCCUCCAGGCUCCCAGCACGGUGACACUGCUGGGGGCUCUGCUGUUUAUGAUGGUCCUCUACCUCUUGUUCUCUGGUUCCAGCUCUGAGGAACAGGGGAAGGAGCCUCCAGGACCCAGGCCGCUGCCCCUGCUUGGCAACAUGCUGCUGCUGGAUCUCAAGAAGCCCUAUCACACUCUCUGUGAGCUCUCCAAGAAAUAUGGGUCCGUUUUCACGGUUCACUUUGGACCCAAGAAAGUGGUUGUUCUGGCAGGAUACAAGACGGUCAAGCAGGCGUUGGUCAACCAGGCAGAGGAAUUUGGGAAUAGGGACAUCCCCCGCAUGUCCAGAGACAUCAACGAAGGACAUGGGAUUCUGUUUGCCAAUGGAGACUCAUGGAGAGAGAUGAGGCGCUUUGCCCUGACGAACCUCAGGGACUUUGGAAUGGGCAAGAAAGGGGCAGAGGAGAAAAUCAUCGAGGAGAUUCCUUACCUGAUUGAACUAUUUGAAAAACACAAGGGUAAGGCAUUUGACACAACCCAGCCCGUGAAUUACGCUGCCUCCAACAUAAUCUCUGCCAUUGUGUAUGGCAGCAGGUUUGAAUACUCUGAUUCUCAGUUUCGAGGCAUGGUGGACAGAGCCAAUGAGAGCAUACGUCUUUCAGGUUCUGCGUCUAUUCAGCUGUACAACAUGUUUUCAUGGCUGGGCCCGUGGCUAAAGAGUCGGAAGGUUAUGCUGAAAAAUGUCGACAACAACCAUAGGGAUGUAAAGGAGUUGGUGAGGGGCCUGAAGGAGAGUCUCAACCCUCAGAUGUACAGAGGCUUUGUGGACUCAUUCCUCGUUCGAAAGCAGAAAGUGGAGGAAUCAGGAAAUAUGGACUCUCACUAUCAUGAAAACAACCUGAUAUCUUCUGUGACCAACCUGUUUGCUGCUGGUACCGACACCACUGGGACAACCCUGCGCUGGGGUCUGAUGCUAAUGGCCAAGUACCCCCACAUACAGGACCGGGUCCAGGAGGAGAUCAGCAGGGUUAUAGGAAGUCGUCAGCCCUUGGUAGAGGACAGGAAGAACCUGCCCUACACUGAUGCAGUGAUCCAUGAGAUCCAGAGACUGGCCAAUAUUGUACCCAUGUCCAUCCCUCACGCCACCAGCCGAGACGUCACCUUCCAGGGAUAUUUCAUCAAGAAGGGGACGUCUGUGAUUCCUUUAUUGACGUCCGUCCUACAUGACGAUAGCGAAUGGGAGAGCCCCCACUCCUUUAACCCCUCCCACUUUCUGGAUGAGCAGGGACGAUUCGUCAAGAGGGACGCCUUCAUGGCCUUUUCUGCAGGUCGUAGGGUGUGUCUGGGGGAGGGUCUGGCCAGGAUGGAGCUCUUCCUCUUCUUCACCUCCCUCCUGCAGCACUUUAGUUUCACUCCUCCUCCUGGAGUAACAGAGGAUGAUCUGGACCUCACACCAUUACUGGGGUUCACCCUCAAUCCUUCACCUCACCAGCUGUGCGCCGUGAGUCGGAUCUGAGAUGAGAGUCUGGGACCAAUUACACACUGCUUAGAACAACUUUCCACUUUAGACAAACAUAGGACUAUGUUGAUUUAUUUUGUAUUGCUUAUUGUAUUGUGAAUAAUCUAUGUGAAUUAUCUGUAAGUCACUUUGGAUAAAAGCGUCUGCUAAAUGACAUUAUUAUUGUAUACUGUAGAAAUACCUUGCUAUGCAGCGCUAGGUACAGUAAAUGUGUUUGGACAUUUUGCAUCACAACACCGGCGAGCAAGAGGACUCAAAUGUUUAAGUCAAUUAUAGAGAACAAACCAUUUCCUACUAAUGAAAAAAUAUAUAAUCCUAAUAAAUAAAAUGUGAGUAUAUUAAAAUGUGUCUAUUUGUGACAGUGGAUUCGCCAGUACUUAUCAGUAACAGGUGUCUAAUUAGGGUAAGGACCAAUAGAAACACACAGCCUUUAUGUAGGGACCUUUAGACUGCAUAAAAACCCUCCAAGACCUUUUACAGUGACACAAUACAGAGACUGGUGUUAUCAGCUAUAAACGCUGUCAAAGGGCCAGCCUGAAGCACAGGUUAUUGAACCAAGCUAAAGAUCAUUCAGAUGAUCUCUCUGUUUCUGUGUUUGGUUUGGAUGUGUGUUUGCUGGUAACUAUUAAUGAAUUGAAAGAAAAUAUAUCUAGUAUUGAACUGAACUGGUGAAACUGAAUUCCUGGAAAAGCAUACUGAGCCAAGCCUUAAUCCUUACAACAACAAAAUAUAAAUACAAAAAGAUUACAAUGGAAUUUAAAAUAAAUAAAGUUGUUAAAAUUA